GAGACACCGCGAGACGGAGCCGCGGUGUGGAAGCGCGUGACGUCACAGGGGGCGGCGUGACGUCAUCAAGAUGGCGACGGAUGGAUCGGACUUCCGUUACUGUGACAUCAUCAAGAUGGCGUCGGAACGCUACGACUGCCACUACUGCAAGGAGUCGCUGCUGGGCAAGAAGUACGUCCUGCGCGAGGAGAACCCGUACUGCGUGCGUUGCUACGAGACGCUCUACACCCACGCCUGCGAGAGCUGCAAGCAACCAAUUGGCUGUGACUCAAAGGACCUGUCGUACAAGGACCGCCACUGGCACGAGGGGUGCUUCAAGUGCGCCACGUGCGAGCGCUCUCUCGCCGACAAAGCGUUCAGCGCGCGUGACGAGAAGCUCCUCUGCACCGAGUGCCACGCCAACCACUACUCGGCCAAGUGCGCCGCCUGCAACAAGCCCGUGCUGCCCGGCACGCGCAAGAUGGAGUUCCGCGGCAGCAGCUGGCACGAGACGUGCUUCGGGUGCGCCCGAUGCCAGCAGCCGAUCGGCAGCAAGAGCUUUGUGCCGCGCGAGAAGGAUCAGUACUGCGUGCCGUGCUACGAGAAGCAGUUCGCUCAACACUGCACCCUCUGCAAGAAGGCCAUCACGGCGGGUGGCGUGACGUACCGUGACGGGCCGUGGCACCGCGAGUGCCUCGUGUGCACCUCGUGCAAGCGCGCCCUGGCGGGCCAGCGCUUCACGUCGCGCGACGACUUCCCCUACUGCCUCGAGUGCUUCUCGGGACUCUACGCCAAGCGCUGCGUCGCCUGCGCCAGCCCCAUCAGCGGUCUGGGCGGUGCCAAGUACAUCUCGUUCGAGGAGCGGCAGUGGCACGACGACUGCUUCACGUGCAAGCGCUGCGCCGUGUCGCUGGUGGGUCGCGGCUUCCUGACCGAGCGCGAUGACAUCCUGUGCCCCGACUGCGGCCGCGACCUCUGAACUCCAAAAUAGUCCUCCCCCUAGCCACCCCUACCCUAGCCCCCCACACACCCCGCACACACCAUCGCCACCACCGCCCCGGGAUCGAGUCCACGACCUCCUGUACACCGGGCGAGGUAGUUAACAUCUACCCAGCCACCGUGUCGCGACAAGACCCAGGACACAGUCUCAUGUCGGUGGGUCUCGGUGUUGAACUUCUUUCGUACGUAGCCAACCGUGCUAAUGUGUGUGGGCCUCUAUGGGUGUCUAUGGGCCUGGGUGUCUGUGGGUCUCUGUGCGUGUGUUGAACUUCUUUCGCACCAUACAUAGCCAACCGUGCUAAUCUGUGUGGGCCUCUGUGGGUCUCUAUGGGCCUGGGCCUCUGUGGCCACAUCAACGCUGCCCAAACCUCCGCACUUACCCCAAAAAGAGGGAUGGGGGGGGGGGCUGCAUGACCGAUGGGUUGCGUCACCACAAAUAUACAGACACAACAACAACAACAACCGCCAUUCACCACGACGCUUGUGCCAGGCUAGGUGCACCUUGAGGCCACGUGAAGUGUCGAACGCCCGCUGGCAGGAGGUCACGGGGCAG